AUGGGAAGGGAGCAGUUCUUGCUAUCUAGAGAUGAACAUGUUUCAUCUACUAAAGAGACCCUAGCAGACCUACUGAAAAAGGUUGGGGCAAUCUAUGACCCAAAGAAACGCAGAAUUCCCACAACAAAAGCCCCCAAUGUUCCUAAGCCUUCCAAGAAAAGAAAGUCUUCAUCCCCAACACCUACUACCUCUUCACUGCCAAGGGGUAGAGCCACAAGAAGCAGGGUGAAACAAAGUGAAGCUGAUCUACAAAGGGCUUUAAAAGAGAGUAAGAAAAAGAAAAUAGAUAAAAGAAAGGGAAAGAUUGAAAAAUCCUCAGAGGCUGUUGAGGAAGAGGAUAUGGAACUGGUCCAUCAAGAAAGGGGUACAUCAGUGGAGGUUCCUACUCCUAAGCCUAAAAAUCCCAAGACCUCCUCCAAGAAGUCUUCCUCUGUGUUUGAGGCUGCUGAACCUACACUAGCCAAGAGGACAAGAUCAGCAGUGAAAAACAAACAAUCAAAAAUUUCUGAAGAUGAUGACUGGGGUGGAGAAUAA